CGGACCUGUAUGAGCGUGCCCUUCCGCCUCGCGCGCACUGGGAUAGAGCGCUGUCAUGGAGAGUGACGCGACGGCGGGGCAGACAGAGGGCGUCCAGGAAAACCAAGGAGUUCUGUCGGCGACAGGUCGGGGAGGAGGCCUGGUGGAGCUCACCCCGACCCCCGGCGGCCUGGCCCUGGUGAGCCCCUACCACACCCACCGGGUCGGGGACCCCCUAGACCUCGUGGCGCUCGCAGAGCAGGUGCAGAAGGCUGAUGAAUUCAUCCGAGCAAAUGCCACCAACAAGCUCACAGUCAUAGCCGAGCAAAUCCAAUAUUUGCAAGAACAAGCCAGGAAGGUUUUGGAAGAUGCUCGCAGAGAUGCUGACUUGCACCAUGUAGCUUGUAAUAUCAUCAAAAAACCUGGCAACAUUUACUACCUUUAUAAACGGGAGAGUGGUCAGCAGUAUUUUUCCAUUAUUUCGCCAAAGGAAUGGGGAACAAGUUGUCCACAUGACUUCCUUGGUGCCUACAAGUUACAGCAUGACUUGUCCUGGACUCCAUAUGAGGACAUUGAGAAGCAAGAUGCUAAAAUCAGCAUAAUGGACACGUUGCUAAGCCAGCCAAUGGCCCUGCCUCCACACGCUGAACCCAACUUCCAGGGACUGACUCACUGAGAGUGGACUCUGACAGACAGCUCUCAUGGCAAGGACCUGUCACCUCCUGCUUGUCCCUGUUCUCUGCCUUGAUGGGAGGUGACAUGAGAAUUGAGGGCAUGUAGGUGAAUCAUGACCAUCUCGGAAGGAGACCCUGUGUGAAUGUAAAUGCUGUCGUGAUUAUUACUUUGAGUUGUGAUGGUAAUGAAUCACAUCAGUCUCUUUUGGAAUCCUCUCUGGAUCACAGCUGGCAGUGUACUUUCCUUCUCCUUUAUCUCCAUCUGUUCUCCCCAUAAGUCAGAGCACUAGAGAAAGAAGAAUUUCUUCUUCCCACAGAAAGGUUGGCAAGUCAUUUUCCAGAGAGGACUGUUUUUAGUCUUUGUAACUGAAAGUGUUUAAGAUUAGGGUUGAGGCUGUUUAAUAGUUAUUGCAACUCCAGCUUAAAAUUCAUCUGGGAACAAGAAUGUUGGGUAAUGGAGGAUGAUAAACAACUUGGCUUGGCUGGAUUAGAGUGUGUGAUCCUGGUAUUUCUGCACUGUUGAUGAGAUUUGGCUUGCUCCUUCUGUGCUUGAUGCCUAGCUAGAGACUAGAGAAUCUGAGGCAGCAGCAAUGGCCAGGAUUUGGGAAGGUCAGCCUCUAAACUUACAGAAUUGUAGACUUGGAAGAGAUGUUGGAGGCUGCCACUAACAAUUGUAUGAAUCCACUCUGUAGCCUCAGAGGGGGAGAUCCAGAGUUCAGCCGUCUGCAGCGGGACAAAUCCAUUUAUUUAAAUGGCAUCUUUAAAAUAUUGUGGAAGAGAGAAUAGGGCGGUGGGUGAGGAAAAAGAAAAACAGGCAACCUGUUGAUUAUGAGUUAACUGAUUGAAACUCAUUUUGACCUGAAUUAUUAAAAAACUUAACA